ACGGCUUAAUUCAGCCGGAAAUUUCGUGUGGAGAAGUUCAUCCGGAGCUUCCUGUCACUUAAGCCACUUGUUGAGGAAGAGUAGCGUAAGAGGAGGCGAAGAAGAGCACAAGUCCCGUCUAAACUUAAACAAUGUCCGAGGAAGACUGGCAAAGAACGCAAAAGCAGAGUAGCUAAGUCGGCAGUUGCGCACCAUGGUCGGCCUGAGGGAAGCGGGGAUUCUCAGCGGCUCCGUUGUUGUUGCGGCGGGGACCGCUUAUCUUAUCUGGAGCUAUGUGUCCUCUGCCGGGCAGAAGAGCGCUACACGGCCGGAAAGAAAUGUUAAGAGUGUCUCAAAGGAAAAGGAGAAAAGCCAACAGGAGGCUCCGGCUAAAGAAGCUGUGGCCGCUGUUGAAGCUCCGAAAACAUCAACGUCCCGGCCAGUAGAGUCAAAAGGAAGGCAGGUUCUGGUUCUGGGUCUGGAUGGAGCCGGUAAGACUAGCCUGCUUUACUGUUUGUCCACUGGCGUCCUGGAGCAGGACACACAGCCAACGCAGGGCUUCAACGCUGUCUCCAUCAGCAAAGACAACCUGAACAUCGAGUUUCUAGAAAUUGGAGGUAAAGAGGACCUGCGGCCAUACUGGCAGAGGUACAUGUCCAAAGCUCUACUGCUGGUGUUCGUGGUCGACUCUGCCAACCCGCAACUGUUUCCAGUAGCAAAGAAGCAUUUACACGAGCUGCUGGCUUCUCACCCUCGCCUGCCUUUAAUGCUGCUGGCCAACAAACAGGAUCUUCCAGGUUCCUGCAGCAUCACGGACCUCCAUGACGCGCUGUCCCUGUCAGAGAUCGGGGAGCGCCAGCUGUUACUCAUCGGUACCCAUGUGAAGAAAGGCCAGGCAGAGCUUAGCUCGGGUGUUCAGGAUGCUCGGGAUAUUAUCAUCCAGAUGGUUUGUGGGGGAACAGGUGAAACCCGGCAAUGAUUUCUCAUUGUGAUUGCACUUCUCACUUUCCUGUGGUUGGCUGAAACUGCUUAAUGUACAGUAUUUGUGUACAGUUGAUGACCUGUCUCUGUUUUUUUUUUUAUCACAAAUGGUUCACAUCUUACCUGUAAGGGUGUGUUUUUAUCUGUAUUUAACAACACAUCUUUUAGCAGCAGAUGGAGCCAUGAAUGUUACACAUUUCAAGUUAUUUUGUGUUUUAAAGCUUUAAAUACAGGUGCUCGUCUUAAAAUUAGAAUAUCGUAAAAAAGUUGAUUUAUUAUAAUGUAGACAUUCAUUCCUCACAGACUGACAUAUUUCAAAUGUUCAGCUGGCCAACAUUUCUAGAAAAACUUUUUUUUGUAUCGGUCUUAAAUAAUAAUCUAAUUUUCUAUGAUAUUGAAUUUGGGAUUUUCAUUAGUUAUCAGUUAUAAUCAUCAAUAUUAAAAGAAAUAAAUAUUUGAAAUAUGUCAGUCUGUGAGGAAUGAAUGUCUAUAUUAUACAAGUUUCACUUUUUGAAUGGAAUUACCAAAAUAAAUAAACUUUUUCAUGAUAUUCUAAUUUUAUGACGAGUACCUGCAUUCAGUUUAAGAACAGUAACAUCUUUUUGCCAUUUGGGGUCGCUAGUGUGCAAAUUUCCCAAAGAACUACAUGUUUAAUUGUUUUGAUAUCAAAACUUUAAAAUGGGAUUGCUACAGGGAACUUAAACAACUGUUUUUCACAACUCUUUGCUGUGAUAUGCAGCUGCUUUACUUAAUGUUAUUGUUCAUCAGACAAAUCUGAACACUACAUAACAACUACUCCUGCUUGAGUGUUGGAUCCUAUCAAAUAAAGGUUUCAUUCAUUGUUAUCUCACGUGCUGUGUAUUUUGUGUUAAAUGUUCAAAAGGGAGUCUGUUUUAUAUUAAAUAUGGAUUACGAGCUUUGUUCUUUUGAAUUUGCUUUUGUUUUUGCUUAUUUUGUCUCACCAACAUAUCGUUAAUUUGAGGAAAUCUGUUGUACAAAAGUAAAUUACACUGUUUACAAAACCAUCACAACAUUCUGGGAAUAUAAAGGUUUCAAAGAGCAAAAUGAGUUGAAGAUAAAUGAAAACGUGAUUUUUUUUUUUCUCAAAACAUGGUUAAUACUGCAUGAAAGGUUUUAUGUUAUGUUAAUCUUUUCGCUCUUGAAUAAACUCUUUCCAAUCA